AUCCUCACUCAUCCUCCGCGCGCCCUCUCCCACUUGCCUCUAAAGCCGGGUCACACUUGGCAUUUGCCGCCCGCCCGCCCGCCAUCCGUCCCUUGACGUGCAGAGGAGAUCGGAAAUACUGCCCCGGAGGUGCUGGGGAUGGUUCGCUGGGUUCGUUCAGUUGCUGGAAAAGAAUGGUAACAUGAACAGUGGAGCGUGAGAGCGUCGGCAGGGGAAGGGGACGAGACUGAUGGGCAGAGAGCACACUUCUCUGAGGAUCUCAUUCCCUGGACUGCACGGACAAGGGACGUCUUUGCGCCUGCACUUCCUGGCUGGACUCUGCUGACAUCUGUAGCCUCCUUUCGCCAGGUUCCCAGGUCGCCUAGAUGCUGCCCGCAGAGGAGUGGUCGGUCUGACAGCACAUGAGGAUCCAGGAGUUUGUGAGCCCUUCUUCAAACAUAGUUCUGACCUGGUCAUGGUGUCCCUGGAUCCUGCCUGGCAAGCUGGCUCCACAGGGAGUUGAACUUGAGUUCAGAUGGCCAACUCCCUCUGAACCCUGCAGAUUGGUGCUGAGCACGCAACAAAAGUUUGUAGCUUCCCCUCAGUUUCUGGUGCUGCCCAGGAGAGAGGAAAGGACUUUGACAUUAAACACAAGAAGCAGGCAGGGAGACUUCUCUAACUUUUCUCCACUGUUACCAUUUGCAAUGAAGAGGAAACAGAAGAGGUUUCUGCAGAUGACUUUGUUAUUCACUGUGGCUUUAAUUUUCCUGCCCAAUAUUGGUCUCUGGUCUUUGUACAAGGAUAAACACCUCGUGAAAUCUGCAGAACCUGCGGAGCAUCAGACGUUUCCACUGGGCCUGGGAGAUGGGCAAUUCUAUUCAUGGACAGAUGGUCUGAGAAGAAAAGACUGGCAUGAUUACGAAAGCAUUCAGAAGGACGCUUUGCGCUCAGGGAAAGGUGAACAUGGCAAACCAUAUCCUCUUACUGAAGAGGACCGUGAUGACUCAGCUUACAGGGAAAAUGGCUUCAAUAUUUUUGUCAGCAACCAUAUUGCUUUAGAGAGGUCUCUGCCAGACAUCCGUCAUGCUAACUGUAAGCACAAAAUGUACCUUGAAAAGCUGCCAAACACCAGCAUCAUUAUCCCAUUUCACAAUGAAGGCUGGACCUCACUCCUGCGGACCAUACACAGUGUGAUUAACCGAACCCCAAUGAGUCUGGUAGCAGAAAUCAUUCUAGUCGAUGACUUCAGCGAAAGAGAACACUUGAAGGAUAAGUUAGAAGAUUACAUGGCUCGGUUUUCCAAAGUGAGAAUCGUUCGCACCAAGAAAAGGGAAGGACUCAUCCGGACCCGACUCCUGGGAGCUUCGAUGGCCAGAGGCGAGGUGUUGACCUUCCUGGACUCCCACUGUGAGGUCAAUGUGAACUGGCUGCCCCCACUCCUCAACCAAAUUGCACUAAACCACAAAACCAUCGUGUGUCCCAUGAUCGAUGUCAUUGACCACAAUCACUUUGGGUACGAGGCACAAGCCGGGGAUGCCAUGCGAGGAGCCUUCGACUGGGAAAUGUACUACAAAAGAAUCCCCAUCCCUCCAGAGCUCCAGAGGGCUGACCCCAGCGAGCCUUUCGAGUCUCCUGUUAUGGCUGGAGGUCUCUUCUCAGUGGAUCGAAAGUGGUUUUGGGAACUGGGUGGCUACGACCCAGGCUUAGAGAUCUGGGGAGGAGAGCAGUAUGAGAUCUCUUUUAAGGUUUGGAUGUGUGGAGGAGAGAUGUUUGACGUUCCGUGUUCUAGAGUCGGUCAUAUCUACAGGAAGUAUGUCCCUUACAAAGUUCCAUCUGGGACCAGCCUGGCAAGAAAUCUGAAGCGUGUGGCUGAAACCUGGAUGGAUGAAUUUGCUGAGUACAUUUACCAGCGGCGGCCAGAGUACAGGCACCUCUCCACCGGGGACAUCUCUGCCCAGAAGGAGCUGCGCAAGCGACUCAAAUGCAAAGACUUCAAGUGGUUCAUGGCUGCGGUGGCCUGGGACGUGCCUAAGUACUACCCUCCGGUAGAGCCCCUGCCAGCGGCGUGGGGAGAGAUUCGGAACGUGGCCGCCAACUUGUGCGUGGACAGCAAGCACGGAGCCACGGGGACGGAGCUGAGGCUGGACAUCUGCGUCAAAGACGGCUCCGAAAGGACGUGGUCUCAUGAGCAGCUCUUUACUUUUGGGUGGAGAGAAGAUAUUCGACCCGGUGAGCCUCUGCACACCCGAAAAUUCUGCUUCGAUGCAAUCUCACACAGCAGCCCUGUCACGCUCUAUGACUGUCACGGCAUGAAAGGGAACCAGCUCUGGGGAUACCGGAAGGACAGAACACUAUUCCAUGCUGUGAGCAACAGCUGCAUGGACUGUAAUCCUGCAGAGAAGAAGAUUUUCAUGGCCAGAUGUGACCCUCUAUCCGAGACUCAGCAAUGGAUUUUUGGACAUAUCAACAUGACUGUUUUAGAAAAAAAUAGCCACCAUGCCAGCUCCUAGAAAGGAAAGAAGAGCGAUUACCUACAGACUGUGAACUGUGUUGUCAUGGGCGUCUGGGUCACAGGAGUCAGGAAUAACAUUUCCUAGAUCCAGGAAGCCGGGUUGAAAGAUGUGUAAACGCCAUGUCGACGUAGGCUGUCCGGGAGAAGUUCCUACAUCUGAAGAACUUGGCUGAGAACCUCACCAGCUGCUGCUGAGAACUCGAGACUAGCAGUUCCCUUGCUGGCCAAGGGUAAAGAUAAUCUAGGGACUGUUCACCAUGACUGCUGAGUUAAUCGAUCCUAGCAUUUCUCAGGUCAAAUCCUGCAGUAGUGAGUAGCUAUGAAUGGAUCCUAUUAGUCGGGUGGGAGGGGGGUGGAAACAGAGCGCAUGAAUGCUCUGGCAACCUGAGGCUACCACAGGUCUAGAACUAGCCACGCUUGAGGGGUGAGCUGUACUCUUUGGUGCCAUUCUCUGACUAAGAAUGGGUUAAGCGGGUUUAACCCUUUAAAGUGCUGCAGAUGAUUUUAGAGUGCUCAUACUAUUCUGUUUUCUUUUGUCUUCUCUUUAAACAAGGCUCUGUGGCAUCUAAGACUUACAUUACAUGCUCUCGUUCACAUUUGCCAUUCUCCUUUCAGGGCCUAUAGUAUCCGUCAUGAUUCAUAAAGAGUUCGUGUUCCACCAAUCAGCUGACAUCCUAAUUCAGUGUCCUUGGAUGAAUCCAGUUAAAAACAAAAACAAACCAACCAACAACAACAACAAAAUACUCUCCUACCCAGUUACUCCAAAGACAGAUUUCAUAGAAUCAGCAAAAUACCACACGCAUACACACACAUACACACACAUGCAUGCAUGCACGCACACAAAAAAAGUUAGGGGAGAAAUUUCUCUAGGAAAUCUAUUUUUACUUUUCUAUUAUUUUUAAAUUUUAAAAAAUCUGAUCUUUGUCCAGUCAUAACUUUUAUUGAAGAAGGCUUUGGAGUGGGAUCCAUGUAAUUCAUUUAGUCUAUCUUAAAUAAAUCUUCACUCCAAGAGAUAUGGAAAUGGUUUCAUGCGCUUCAAUUACAUUUAAUCUGGCAACUUGAAAAGUGGUGUUAUUUAAUUAUUAGUUCUGGAGCCCCACCCACCCAUGGCUGAAAACAAUGAUGUUGUUUUAUUUGGAAGUCCAGGAAAGGAAUUAGUAUUAAUAAAGCCCUUCUGACACCAUUUUCUGCUAAUGGGCAAUAUUUCAGGGGUGUGAAAAAAAAUAACUUCAAAAUUAACUAAAUUGAAUAUUUAAUAUUCAAAAUAAUUUUUUGCUUUUCAAUAAUGAGAAAAGAGUGUGCAGGAUUGAAGAUGGGUCUUUAGAGGGAAAAUAACCUCAUUUGUUACAUGUGCCCUGGUUGUUUUAGGUACAAGGUGUUCAUACUUUGUUUUUUCUCUUUUUUAGUAUAGUUUCCUUGUUAAUAAGAAUGUAUAUGUCAAGGCGAUCUAUACAUCUGGGACACACAGGUCAUGAAGUUCAGGACAGGGGGAUCCAAAAGAGUCAAUUCCUUUUUGUUGUUGUUUGUCUAUUUUUAUUUUGCUUAGUUUUUUUGGUUUUGUUUGUUUCUUGUUUUUGUUUUUUAAGAUAAAUAACAAAAGCCCAGAGAAGCCCAGCUUCAGGCAGACUCUUAACCUGGACUUCUCAAUCACUGGAUAAGAAUCCUGUACUUCCCUCAAGAUGCCCAAACAUUCACAAGCCUAAUAUAUGAUACCUCUUCUUAAAAAUGUGUAUGAUAUUUUCUUCCUGUCCUCUAAACCCAGUCAAAAUAUGGAGUUAAACUACCCUGCUAAGAAUCAGGGAAGGGUUACUUUGGUAUCUUUACUGAUUUCUUUUCCAAGCAUUCUUUUGAAAAGCUGUUCCUUUUAAACCGUCACUGAGAUCUUUUGUAUAGGUCAAGUGAUCUUGCAAUAGUCAGGAUGCGUAGUGGAGGAAAUCAAUAGUGAGAGAUUAGCCUGUGUGUUGAACAUUUCUAAGGAGUGGGUGGAAAUUUAUCUUAAAUGUUCAGAGAGCAAUCUGGCUGGAGAAUUAGAUGAGCCUAUAAAAAUUCACAUUAUGUCAUUAAACAGUUGGUUGCUAUUUACAAUUUUACCAAAGAGACAACCUUGGGUUGUGCACCCUGGUAAGCCCAGAUUUGUAAUAAUCUCUUAGGAUGUUAGAGUCACGGCUGGCAAGCUAGCCAGGGCCUAGCCAAGCAUUGCAACAUUUUAGUGGGAUACACAGUGAUCAAUCGAGAUUGGUCUCUUACUCUCUGAAUAAAAGAUUAUUAAAAAAGAAAUUAUUUUUGUCUUUAAAAAAAAAAGAAAGGAAAGGAAGCUUGGGACAUUAAAUCCAAAAUGAAAACUUCCAACUAUGGAACAGUCGUUAAUUGUGUGCACUUGAGGGAGCAUACAAAUGAAGUGGGGCCUCGAGAGCCUGCUCCUAAGCAGGAGGUAGAGCAUCGCCAAGAAAGCACAUUGAGAGAGGUAUUUCCUGUGCCCUGGAGGUCGGGAGUCUGCUUGCUUGAAAUACAACCUGAAAAGCAUAAGGCGACAUAUGUUUGCACUUUUAAUUAGCAAGAGGGACUGGACAGUACUCAGAGAGACUAUUGUUCCUGGAAAUAAAAUUCUUUGAGAAGUUGACAGCUGAGUACUCACUGUUUCUUUUGUCAGAAUGGGGUCGAUAUAAAGUUAAUGUGGUCAACAAAAAUGGCUAUUUCUCCAUCACGAGAGUAGCUCUGAAAGAAAUAAAAAAUAAUAAUUAAUUUUUUUGAAUCCCCUUUAUGUAUUUACAGGAAACAAAAAAAAAAAACCUAUGCUGUAAAACAAUUGGGAAUUAACUGUACGAUUCAUACUUCUUCGAGACUGGAUGAGUACCUUGGCAAUAAUAAUGUACCGGCUUCUCCGUCUACUGUUAUUUCCUUACAUGAAUAUGAUCACAUGACUGUUUUUAAAUGUAUUCAUUCUAUCAGAAGCCUCAGUGAAUAAUGGAAGUUCCAGGACUAUUUUGUGAAUUGAUAACAUAGAACUUUAUACAAUAAACGAAUAAUACAUAAUGCAAA